AUAAAUAACAUGGCCUCUCUCUCAGAGAGCCGGAGCUGAAUCGUUGACAGUAACUUUCUAAAAUUAACCAAUUAUCUUUUGGACAAAACAAUUAUUUCACGAUGCAAAAGAUAAAGUCACUUAUGGCCCGGCAGGGCCUGAAAAGCCCACAGGAGAGCAUUGCAGACCUCAGCCCAGUGGAGGACUUCAGGAUCCCAAGCAAGGAGGAGAUGAGGGAGAUGAGGGAGCAGCCCAUUGACCCCCAGGCGGAGCAGGAGAUCAUUAACAGCAUCCAGGAGGUCUACUACUCCAACGACUCCUUUGACAUGGUGCAGCACGAGCUGGAGAAACUCCCACCUGAGCUGAACUUGCAGGAGCUGGAGGAGUACAGAGACCAGCUGAAGAGACAACAAGCAGCGGUUUCCAAAAAAGUUGCCGAUCUUAUCCUGGAAAAACAGCCGUCCUACGUUAAGGAGUUGGAGAGGGUGACGUCAUUACAAACCAAUCUACAGCUGGCUGCAGUGAUUUGCACCAAUGCUAGGAGGCAGCUGAGUAUUUCAAAGGAGGACUUCACCGAGGCCAGCCUGGGGCUCCUAGCCAAUCAGAGGAGGAGACACCUGCUCACAGGGCUGCUGAAGUCACUGAGGACCAUCAAGACCCUGCAAAGGACUGAUGUUCGACUCAGUGAGAUGCUGGAGGAGGAGGACUAUCCUGGUGCCAUCCAGUUGUGUCUGGAAUGUCAGAAGGCUGCCAGCACAUUCAAACACUACAGCUGCAUAAGUGAGUUGAAUUCCAAGCUACAAGACACUCUGGAGCAAAUAGAGGAGCAGCUGGAUGUGGCCUUGUCUAAAACCUGCAAGCACUUUGAUGUCUCCCACUACACCAGAGUUCAGCUGGCGUACACCCUCCUGGAAAAGACCCAGACGGCCAUGGACCAGCUCCACAUGCACUUCACCCAGGCCAUCCACAACACUGUGUUCCAGGUGGUUCUGGGAUACGUGGAGCUCUGUGCCGGUAACGCCGACACCAAGUUUCAGAAGAUGCAGUACAAGGACCUCUGCACGCACAUCACUCAAGACAGCUACGUCCCCUGCCUGAGCGACCUGUGCAAGGCAUUGUGGGAGGUGAUGCUCAGCUACCACCGGACCAUGCAGUGGCAUGAGGAGCAAGACAAGGAGGAGCCCCCACCCACCACAGAUGAAGCGGUUGCUGCAGACACCGAGGAGGCGGUUGUUGACCACAGCUAUGUAAAGAAGAAACUGGAGCAUGGACUCACUCGAAUCUGGCAGGUCAGAACAUAA